CUCAGAUCUGGCUUUGUGGGAGUGAUUGUCACUCGCUUAAUGAGCUUCUUUGCCAGGCGAGAGGCUUUGGCAGCAUAUGUCUCCCCAGUGCCUCUCUCGCUUCGCACCGUUCUGUGCACUAGUGGCGGGGCUUCUUUCCCGCGUCUGCUGUGGUAGACGUUUCUCUGUGUUUCACGCCUGUGGGAUUAGACUGAGCAGAAGAGGAAGGUUUGUCUGUCUUUUUGAGGACGAGUGGACAAGAAUGAAGCAGAUUCCUGUAGAGAGACCCCAGACUGUGUUGGAGUGAGAUGCACUGACUCCUGGCAAACUGCAACAUUCCCUGUCAUCCUCCGCUCUCCUUCGAAGGCUUUGGCCAGUCAUGCGGUUGCUACGGAAAAUCCUCCUCCUUUUGGGUGCUUGCCUUCAUAUGAGCUGCAAGUAUCAAAGUAAUGCCUUGGAUAUUCCACUUGAAGUUUUAGCACGCAUAAACAUGGAGCAGCUGCCCACAAUUACAGAGCACUCACCUGCCUCUCUGAUUGCCUUCCCUUUCGAAGAGAGCUUUCCUAUGAAGUGUGAGGCCACAGGAAACCCUGGACCAGAAUUCAGGUGGACAAAGAAUGGUGAAGACUUUGAUCCUUAUCAGGACCCCAGAUUGAUAACAUUAGAUGAUUCCGGAACAUUCAUCAUUCCCAAUAAUGGGAAUCUGACAGAAUUCCAGGGCAAUUAUCGCUGCUUUGCAACCAACAAGUUAGGAACGGCCAUGUCGGAAGAGAUUGAAUUCAUUGUUCCGAAUGUUCCAAAGUUCCCUAAAGAGAUCACUGAGCCGAUUGAGGUUAUGGAAGGUCAGUCAGUCAUUCUGGAGUGCAACCCACCUAAAGGAAUCCCCCCGCUGCAAAUCUACUGGAUGACAAUGAGUCUACAGCACAUCGAGCAGGACGAAAGAGUAUCAAUGGGUCUGAACGGGAACCUGUACUUCUCAAAUGCCAUCAAAACGGACAGUCGCAGAGAUUACUGCUGCUUUGCUGCCUUCCCCCGAAUACGAACCAUCGUCCAGAAAAAUGCCAUGUCUGUCGUGGUCAAAAGCAACAAGUUAAUGAAGGACUCAGACUCUGGUAGCGGCAGAGGUUACGCAAACUCUCUCUUGGAGAGAAAGCCCAGUCUGCUGACGCCCACAGGAAAGGAGUCACAUACAUAUCUAGUGAAAGGCGAAGAUCUUCAGUUGGAGUGUAUUGCAGAGGGCUUCCCCACACCAGAGGUGGAGUGGGUUAAAAUAGGCUUCCACAAGCUCCCUGAAAGAGCCGUGGUGGAGAGUCAUGGGAAGCUGCUUACUGUAGAGAUGGUGAAUGAGGAGGAUGAAGGGAAAUAUAUGUGCAGAGCCAAAAAUCCCCAUGGAGAAGUUGUGCAUUAUUUUUAUGUUACAGUAGAGGAGCCUCCUGAAUUUGAGAUUGAACCUCAAAGUCAAUUGGUGACAAUUGGAGCUGGUGUGGUGAUCAAGUGUGUUGUGAAAGGAAAUCCUCAGCCUAGUGUUGCAUGGAGGGUCAAUGGCCAACCUCUGAACGAUGUCCCAACAUCCAAUAGGAAAGUCUUAAAAGAUGGAACCAUUUCCAUCCACAACGCAAAGCCUGAAAACAGUGCUGUUUACCAGUGUGAGGCCACAAACAGACACGGCACCAUCCUAGCCAAUGCCAACAUCAUGAUUAUGAACAUCCAGCCCCUGAUCUUAACAGAAAACAAUCUGCGAUAUAUGGCAGUGGAGGGGAAAGGUGCGGUCAUGCACUGUAAGGUCUUCAGCUCACCAGCAUCCAGCAUCACAUGGAGUAAAGCUGACAGUGCCGAUGCAGUGGAAGGAGAAAGGUUUUCUGUUCAUAAGAAUGGUUCACUGGAGAUCCAAAACCUAAUGAAAGAGGACAUGGGAGAGUAUUCUUGUUUUGCUCAAAACACUGAAGGCAAAGUAGCCAUUGCCGCAACACUUGAAGUCAAAGAUCCCACCAGAAUAGUAGAUCCUCCACGCGAUUUGCGGGUUUUGGCCGGAACCACUAUCCAGUUUUCAUGCCAAGCAGAGUUCGAUCCCUCCAUUGGUGAUGACUUUGAGAUUCUCUGGGAAAAAGAUGGCAUGGCCCUCAAUGGCAGUGAGAACGCACGAUAUAUGCUGGACGAUGGAGUGCUUGAAAUCAUCGAUGUGAGCUUUGGAGACCAGGGCUUUUAUGUCUGUGUGGCCAGAACACCAGUCGAUCAGGACAUGGCGGUUGCACAGCUUUCAGUUGUGGAUGUUCCUGAUCCACCAGAGGAUGUGAUCCAUUCCGAACAUAAUGGCAGAAGUGUGAAACUGCAGUGGAUUCCAGGAGAUGACCAUAACAGCUCCAUUACUGAGUUUGUUAUAGAGUUUGAGGAAAGCCAACAUGAGCCAGGCAGCUGGAGGGAGAUGAUGAGAGUACCGGGAAACCAUCACUCCGCUCAGCUGAAGCUUCACAGUCACGUGGACUACCGAUUUAGAGUCUAUGCCAUCAAUGAGGUGGGAAGAGGUCGGCCAAGCCAGGCCACUGAAAGAUACAAAACUCCAGCAUCAGCUCCCGACAAGAACCCAGAAAAUAUCAAGAUCGAAGGUCAUUUGCCACAUGAAAUGGAUAUCAACUGGGAGCCACUGUCACCUAUUGAACACAACGGGCCUGGUCUGGAGUACAAAGUAAGCUACAGAAGACAAGGCAACGGAGAGGACUGGAAGGAGCACAUGGUGAAGAGGCACUCAUUUCUGGUUAAAAACACCCCAACGUUCGUCCUUUACGAGAUCAAAAUUCAGGCCAAGAACCACAUGGGCUGGGGUCCGGACCCCAAAAUAAUAACAGCGUACUCAGGAGAGGACUUCCCCUCGGCUGCUCCAGAGGAUGUAGCCGUAGACGUGAUGAACAACACCAUGAUGCAGGUCAAAUGGGCCCAUGUUCACAAGGACAAACUCAAUGGACAUCUGGGGGGCUACAGGAUAAGCUAUUGGAGGCUUCGUAGUCUGCUGGACUCAAAGAAAACACAUGGUGACAAACACACAUUGACAUUCUCAGGCGAGAGGAACCAUGCGGUGGUCACAGGACUUAGGCCGUUCUCUGAAUACAGCCUCAUUGUCAUGGCCUUUAACAGCAGAGGAAACGGGCCUGGCAGUCAUCCGGUCAGCUUCAAAACACCUGAGGGAGUUCCUGGUGAAGUAGCUGCUUUCAGUGUUACAAGCAUCCAGAAACAUAAGGUCACCUUGACCUGGUCUCCUCCGGUUGACGCAAAUGGAGUCAUAAUUGGCUACAUCCUCCAAUAUCAGCUAAUAAAUGACACAGAGGAACAAGGUUCUCUGAUGAGCCUCAACAUCUCUGCUGACAACAAUAAGCUGCACCUCCAGUAUCUGGAAGCACUGAGCAAAUACAAGUUUUACCUACGGUGCUGCACACAGAUGGGCUGUGGACCAGCUGUCAGCGAGGAGCGCACCACUGUCCCCGAAGCGACUUCAACAGAUGUGGCCUCUUUCAACAUCAGAAAAUCCGGCUCACGAUUUCCUCCAAGAAAAACCACUGUUUCCCCUGUGGCUAAUGCUACUGUUUCUUCUAUAGCUGUGUUGAAUAUUAGCACCUCAGUUAGUCACAACUUUGCAAAUAUCAGCUGGAUUCCAGGCACAGAACAGACGGAGUUAUAUGUUGCCUUUAUGAACAACCGUGAAGGUAACUGGAAGAUUUCCGAUGCGCUAAAUUCUUCUAAGACUUUCCACAUCAUUGAAGGGCUAGAACCUGGGACUGAAUACACAGUGCGUCUUAUGACUAAAAGCUGGGUUGAUAAUUCUAGUAUUUUUGAAGACGUUAUCAGGACCAGUGCCAAAGGUCUGGCCAGUAUUCACGGAGGCAUCUCCAACCAAGGCUGGUUCAUCGGGCUCAUGUGCGCCAUAGCUCUGCUCACCCUCAUAGUGCUUAUAGCGUGCUUCGUGAACCGAAAUAAAGGCGGAAAGUACUCAGUGAAAGAGAAAGAGGACCUGCACCCUGACUUGGAGUCCCCGGGCAUAAAUGAUGAUACCUUCUGUGAAUACAGCCAGCACCAAACCAGCCUGAGCUCUGGACGUGCAGCAAGCUAAAGUAACCACCACACUGAUAAUGAUGAGAAACCAUUGAAAAGCAGCCAGCAUUCAUUGAAUGGUGACUUGAAAGGAGGGGACAGUGGAGACAGCAUGGUGGACUACGGCGAUGAGGACGCGCACUUCCACGAGGACGGCUCUUUUAUCGGAGAAUACUCUGGACGCAAGGACAGGGUCUCCAUGGAAAUCAAGGGAAACAAUCAGAGCACAGCAUAAUGGACCAUGGACAAUUUAUUUGUUGGACAAGCUCUCACAAAAGGUCAGUCAAAAGGAAACGGAAGGAAAAAAACACGGCAUAACGGCACCCGAAGGACCUUUUUGCAAUUAAUGUGUUAUUGUCAACUCUCAGUCAUACUCACAUCAUUUUACAAAGCUUAGUUUGUUUUGCGUGCUGUAACUGAUCAAUCAUGUCAGUUGUGUAUACUUUUGUGGGGUGUUUUUGUAUUAAAUCUUUGCAAAUCAUUGGUGACUUUGGAGCUGCCAGAAAGUUUGCUAUUUUUAUAAAUGCAAACUCUGUGCACCGUUUUUGCUUUCUUCGUGUCAUCAUGUAGCCAAGCAAGUUUUAUGUCAGGGUAUGAACUUUGUAUUUUUAUUUUUCAUUCAAAGCAAAUAUUAUUGACAUUUUAUAUUUCAGAUACUGUAUACUGUACAUUCAUUAAAUGUGGGUUAUUAUGUGUACAAAGGAGUUGUUGCUUAAAUAAUCAUAAUUUCUGUUGAAAUCCAAAAAGCGUAAGGCAAAAUAAGGGUUGACUCACAAUUACUCACAUGCUUUUUUGAAAGUUUUUGCAUUGAAAUGAUUAUUAUUAAUGGUUUGGGCUAUACUAACAAGCUGCAUAGCCAUAUUCAGUACCACAUAAACCCUUCAGUGAGUCUGUUGCCCUUAACCCAUUAGCCAUAAUACAGUAUAUCAUCAAAUAGGCAAAUACUCAAUGUUCAAAAGUUUUUUUUUUUUUUUUUUUUUAACACCUCUUUUGUCUUAGAAUGGCCUUGAUGUUCUGGUAAGUAUGACAAAACGAACUCUCAUGGAUUCCGUGAUACAGGGUUGGAAUUCUGAAAUUCCACAUUGGCAUUAAAUCCUAUGAAAUAAGUCCUCCAGGAAAUGCAGUUUUGUUCAUUUGUGUAUUUUUUUGGAAUGGUUUCACAUAGAGUCAAACCCAGAUUCUGUACAAUGUUUCUGUAAAUUCUGUUUGCAUGUUUAAGGAUGUUGAAUGAGGUUUGUGUGCAGAUUUGACAUUAAAUUGUAUCAUUUUCUUCA